CGCAAAGCAAAUCGGGAAGAGGGGAUGAGCUACGCUGGCCUGCGUCCGAGAGCGGAGGCUCGUUCUCCCUCGGGUGGUGGGCGAUGGGCGUCAGUCGAGGAGGCCGGCGUUAGCGGAGUGCGGGCGCUGCGGAAAGAACUGCUUUUCAUGAACUACACCAUCCAUUGUUGAAGUGGAAGAGCGAGCAUCACUCAUCAUGCCUGCUGUAGCUUCCGUUCCUAAAGAACUCUACCUCAGUUCUUCACUAAAAGACCUCAAUAAGAAGACAGAAGUUAAACCUGAGAAAACCAGCACCAAGAAUUACGUCCACAGCGCUCAGAAGAUCUUCAAGGCAGCAGAAGAAUGCAGACUAGAUCGUGAUGAGGAAAGGGCCUAUGUGCUUUAUAUGAAAUAUGUGGCAGUUUAUAAUCUUAUCAAAAAAAGACCUGAUUUCAAGCAACAGCAGGAUUACUAUCAUUCAAUACUCGGACCUGCAAACAUCAAAAAAGCUGUUGAAGAAGCUGAAAGACUCUCUGAGAGCCUCAAACUGAGAUAUGAAGAGGCUGAAGUUCGGAAGAAACUCGAAGAAAAGGACAGACGGGAGGAAGAGCAGCUGCAACAGCAGAAAAGGCAGGAGGCGGGAAGAGAAGACAGUGGUGCGGUGGCCAAACGCUCUUUGGAGAAUGUAUCGGAUUCCAAAAACAAAACCCAAAGGAUCAAUGGUGAGAAGAGUGAAAAAGGUGGAACUGCAGAGAAAGGAGCAAUCACAGCAAAGGAGCUAUAUACAAUGAUGAUGGAUAAAAACAUCAGCUUGAUUAUAAUGGAUGCUCGAAAAAUACAGGAUUAUCAGCUUUCCUGUAUCUCAGAGUCUCUCAGUGUUCCUGAAGAAGCUAUCAGUCCAGGAGUCACUGCCAGCUGGAUUGAAGCAAACCUCUCAGAUGACUCUAAAGACACUUGGAAAAAGAGGGGGAGUGUGGACUAUGUGGUGCUGCUCGACUGGUUCAGUUCAGCAAAAGAUUUGCAGCUUGGAACCACACUGCGGAGUCUGAAGGACGCACUUUUCAAGUGGGAAAGUAAAACUGUCCUGCGCCACGAGCCUCUGGUGUUGGAGGGGGGCUAUGAAAACUGGCUCCUUUGCUAUCCGCAGUAUACAACAAAUGCUAAGGUCACUCCACCCCCUCGAAGCAAAACUGAAGAGGUGUCUGUCUCAUUGGAUUUUACUUAUCCCUCACUGGAAGAACCAGUUCCUCCCAAACUUCCUGCCCAGAUGUCUCCUUUACCUAUAGAAGUAGAUGAAAAUGCAGAAUUGGUAACUGGUCAAGAUGAAAAACCAAGACCACAGAACUUGUCAGCUCUCGCCGGACCCAGUGCCGCUCCCAAAGCCGAAGCUUCACCCAUAAUUCAGCCCGUGCCUGCUGCAAAGACUAUCCCACAGGUUGAUCGUACGAAAAAACCAGCAGUGAAAUUGCCUGAAGAUCAUAGAAUAAAAUCUGAGAAUACAGAUCAGAGUGGAAGAGUUCUUCCUGAUCGUUCCACCAAACCAGUAUUUCCUCCUCCGACUGCCAUGUUAACAGAUGAAGAAAAAGCCCGUAUUCAUAAAGAAACCGCCCUUCUCAUGGAGAAAAACAAGCAGGAGAGGGAACUUUGGGAAAGGCAGCAGAAGGAGCAGAAAGAGAAGCUAAGGGGGGAGGAACAAGAGCGCAAAGCUGGAAAGACACAGGACUUGGAAGAACAUGACAUCAGUGAGACCCAACCCAAAGCCAAGGACGAGCUGGAGAAGAGAGACAGCAAACAGACCAAGCUGGAAGAAAAAGAGCCCUUAGCAGACAGGGGCCAGGAAGCCACAGGGACGAAAAGACAAAGUAAAAGUGAACACGAGGCUUCUGAUGCCAAGAUGUCUGUGGAAGGUAAAAGGUGUCCCACAUCAGGAGUGCAGAAGAGGCCACCAGAUGUGUCCCCUGCAUCCAUGUCAGGAGAGCUGAGUGCAAGCAAGGCUCAACGAGAACCUUUGACAAGAGCACGAAGUGAAGAAAUGGGGAGAAUUGUACCAGGGCUGCCUUCCGGCUGGGCCAAGUUUCUUGAUCCAAUCACUGGAACCUUCCGUUACUAUCAUUCACCCACCAACACGGUUCACAUGUACCCACCUGAAAUGGCCCCUUCGUCUGCUCCGCCUUCCACCCCUCCUACACACAAAGUCAAGCCCCAGACCCCAGCUGAGCGGGACAGGGAGCCAUCCAAACUGAAGCGCUCCUACUCCUCCCCGGACAUCACUCAGGCCCUGCAGGAGGAGGAAAAGAGGAGGCCAGCUGUGACCCCAGCAGUCAACCGGGAAAACAAGCCUAAGGCUGAGAUCUCAAGACUUUCUGCUUCUCAGAUUCGGAACCUCAAUCCUGUUUUUGGAGGAUCUGGACCAGCUCUUACUGGACUUCGUAAUUUGGGAAACACUUGUUACAUGAACUCAAUACUGCAGUGCCUGUGUAAUGCUCCACAUUUGGCUGAUUAUUUCAACCGGAACUGCUAUCAGGAUGAUAUCAACAGGUCAAAUUUGCUGGGGCACAAGGGUGAAGUGGCAGAAGAAUUUGGUAUCAUCAUGAAAGCGCUGUGGACAGGACAGUACAGAUACAUCAGUCCCAAAGACUUCAAAGUCACCAUCGGGAAGAUUAACGACCAGUUUGCAGGAUCCAGCCAGCAAGAUUCCCAGGAACUGCUUCUGUUCCUCAUGGAUGGCCUCCAUGAGGAUCUAAAUAAGGCUGACAAUCGGAAGAGGCAUAAGGAAGAGAACAAUGAUCACCUCGAUGACUUUAAAGCGGCAGAACACGCUUGGCAGAAACACAAGCAGCUCAAUGAGUCCAUUAUUGUCGCACUCUUUCAGGGUCAGUUCAAAUCCACAGUGCAGUGCCUCACCUGCCACAAAAAGUCUCGGACAUUUGAGGCUUUCAUGUAUUUGUCAUUACCACUAGCAUCCACAAGUAAAUGCACAUUACAGGACUGCCUUAGAUUAUUUUCCAAAGAAGAAAAACUUACAGAUAACAACAGAUUCUACUGCAGCCAUUGCCGAGCUCGGCGGGACUCUCUAAAGAAGAUAGAGAUCUGGAAAUUGCCGCCUGUGCUUUUGGUACACCUGAAACGAUUUUCCUAUGAUGGCAGGUGGAAGCAGAAGCUGCAAACAUCCGUGGACUUCCCGUUAGAAAACCUUGACUUGUCCCAGUAUGUUAUUGGUCCAAAGAACAGUUUGAAGAAAUAUAACUUGUUUUCUGUUUCAAACCACUAUGGCGGGCUGGAUGGAGGCCACUACACGGCCUACUGUAAGAAUGCGGCAAGGCAGCGCUGGUUUAAGUUUGAUGAUCAUGAAGUUUCCGAUAUCUCCGUGUCUUCUGUGAAGUCGGCGGCGGCUUAUAUCCUCUUUUAUACUUCAUUGGGACCACGCGUAACUGAUGUAGCCACAUAAAGAGGUGUAGGCUAUGGUGUAUUGUUUUUAAAUCGCAGAGGUACAUCUAAUGCUUACAAAGAUAACAGAGCGCUGAGACUGGCUAUGUAGAGGAAUUCCAGAAUCCUGGGGGCUGCAUUACUAGCACCAUAUAAUCAGGUCAAUGCUGUUUAUCAAAAGCAAAAACAAACAACUGACGUUUAACAAAUAUCCCAGUAAGCAUCCCUACGUAUCAUUUAUUUCAAAACAACUUUUUUAGUCUGCCCCAAAGUUAAAAAUAAUCCAUUAGCCAGAUGUUUAUUAUUCUAUUGGUAUAAACCAUUGUAACCCUCAAUUUCCUAUUCAUUGCUAUAGCCUUUACUCAUUUCUAGUCCCAGCUCGGUCCACUAUGAGUACUCUAGGAUGACCUAACGCAGAUAGGAAUGUAUGUGUACAUAUUUAUUGCACUCUUGCACAUCAGAUUGCUGUACAUAGUUUAACAUGCCCUUCUCUGAAAGCCUGGGAAAGAGAGAUUUUUUUGUUCUUUUGGCCUUUUCUAGGUAGCUGCAGUGCUUUCUUGGGAAAACGACAGGGCAAAACUAUUUUUCUGUUGGCUUUGGGCUGUAUUUGUGCACUAAAUCUUUAUUCUAAAAAAAGGAAACUUUAAUUUUUUAAAAAUUCAUUUACAUCUACAUUAAAAUCUUAAUGAAAAAGAAAA